AUGUCCAUCAGACAAUGGAAGGCGGCCGUCUCGCAGGCCGAGCCGUGCUGGUUCGACCUGGAGGCCGGCGUCGACAAGGCCAUCUCUCUGAUCGGAGAGGCGGCCAGUAACGGCGCCGCCCUGAUCGCCUUCUCCGAGGUCUGGCUUCCAGGGUACCCGAAUUUCAUCUGGUCCGGCACGUACCAGGAGAACCACCCCCUGGUGCUCAAGUACAUGCGCAACAGCAUGACGGCGUACGGUCCGGAGAUGCUGCGCAUCCGCCAGGCCGUGGCGGACCACAAGAUGCACGCGGUGCUGGGCUUCAGCGAGCGCGCCGGCGGCAGCCUGUACCUGGCGCAGGUCCUCAUCGGGCCGGACGGCAACAUCCUCCUGCACCGGCGCAAGCUCAAGCCCACGCACAUGGAGCGCACCAUCUUCGGCGACUCGACGGGCGACUCGCUCAACAACGUCGUCGACACCCCGCUGGGGAAGAUCGGCAUGCUCAACUGCUGGGAGCACCUGCAGCCCCUCCUCAAGUUCCACACCUACGCCCAGGGCGAGCAGGUGCACGUCGCGUCGUGGCCGUCGUUCGCCUACAAAGACGCCGGGCCCUAUCCCCUCUCCGCCGCCGCCACCCUGUCCGCCACGGAGACGUACGCCCUCGAGGGCCAGUCGUUUGUCCUGCUGGCCAACCAGCCCAUCUCCAGGGCCGGCCAGAUCCUCAACACCGACGGUCAGGCGGCCAGCAAGGGCGAUGCCACGACGGAUGUGGGCGGCGGUAUCGCCCGCGUGUACGGCCCGGACGCCCGCACCCUGACCACCCCCACCGACCCCAACUUUGAUGGCCUCGUCUACUGUGACAUUGACCUGGACAAGAUCGACGAGGCCAAGACCCUCGCUGACCCUGUUGGCCACUACUCCCGCCCCGACCUCCUGCGCGUUCUCGUCGAUGACCAGCCUAAGGCUGUUGUCGCAAGGGUCGAUCCCUCCGCGUCCUCGGCAAGCUCUGCCGCCAGAACAUUGACGUCCACUCACGCCCCUCUUGCCACUGCUGAGGAGCCUGCUGCUUCGCCUUCCGAGUGA